AUGGCGGAUAACAACAACGCACUGUACCACGAACGUCAGGUACUGUACCGCUGUGGACUUCACGCACUGAACAACGUCCUGCAAGGGCCCGUGUUCACCAAAGACUCGCUAGAAGAGACUUGUGACGAACUCGCGAGUCGAAACGCCAGCAGUGGACAUAUGAAUUGGGUCUGGAACGCGCAUCGAUCGCCAUUGGGCAUUGGCAAUUACGACGUCAAUGCUUUGACGCGGGCUUUACAGCAAACAGGGUAUGUGAUGCGGUGGGUGGACAAACGGCUGCCAGUGGACGAGAAUUUGGUCAACUUGGACAAAGCAGAGGGAGUGCUGUGCAAUGUCGUGCUGUCAACGGUAUGGAGCAGUCUCUGGACGCAGAGACAUUGGUUUGCGCUUCGCAAAAUCCGAGGCAUUUGCUACAAUUUGGACUCGAAACUUACGGCUCCAGCGCCGUUUGACAGCGAGCGCAAGUGCUACCAGUUUUUGCAGGAACUGGUAAAUACUGGCGAGUGCGAACUGUUCCUUGUCGUGAAGGAAAGCGCAGCGAUAGAGCAAUAG